AUGCAUCCUGCAGCUUGGCUAUGCUGGGCCUCCCUUCUGCUCCUGGCCAGGUUCACCCAGCCCUGCCCUGAGGGCUGUGACUGCAUCACCCACGAGGUGUUCUGCUCAGAAGAGGAGCUGACCGCAGUACCACUGGAUAUUCCACUCCACACCACAAGCCUCGUCUUUGUGGAGACCUCGUUCUCCACUGUGGGAACCAGGGCCUUCAGCGGCAGCCCCAGCCUAACCAAGGUGGUCUUCCUCAACACCCAGGCCUACCACUUUAGCCCGGAUGCCUUUGGGGGGCUGCCCAGGCUUGAGGACCUGGAAAUCACUGGCAGUGCCUUCUCCAACCUCAGUGCCAGCAUUUUCUCCAGCCUGAACUCUCUGAGCAAGCUGACCCUCAACUUUGAUCUGCUGGAGGUCCUGCCUGAGGGCCUCUUUCAGCACAUGGCUGCUCUGGUCUCCCUCCAGUUGCAGGGUAACCAGCUCCAGACACUGCCCGGAAGACUCUUCCAUCCUCUGGGACGUUUGAAGGUCCUCAACCUGGCUCAGAAUCGUCUGAGUCAGCUCCCUGAGCAGUUGUUCAACCCCCUCAUCAGCCUGCAGACUCUGAAGCUGAGCAACAACGACCUCUCUGUCCUGCCCCAGGGUGUGUUUGGCAAGCUGGGCAGCCUGCAGGAGCUCUUCCUAGACGGUAACUCGCUAUCACAGCUGCCCUCUGAGGUGUUCUCGCAGCUCUUCUGCCUGGAGAAGCUCUGGCUGCAUCGGAAUGCCAUUGAUCACCUGCCCCUCUCCAUCUUCUCCUCCCUGGGAAAUCUUACUUUCCUGAGCUUGCAGGGCAACAUGCUACAGACAUUGUCCGCUGGCCUCUUUGCUCAGACCCUGAGCCUGGAAGGGCUAUCCCUGUCCCACAACCAGCUGGAGACCAUUGCUGAGGGUGCCUUUGCCAGCCUGUCCAACCUCAGCUCCCUCACACUCUCCCACAAUGCCAUCACCCACCUCCCAGCAGGAGUCUUCAGGGACCUGAAGAUGCUGGUCAGGCUCUACCUGGGCAGCAACAACCUGACGACCUUGCACCCGACCCUCUUUCAGAACCUGUCUGGGCUGGAGCUGCUCAGCCUCUCCAGGAACUUCCUUACUACGCUCCCGGAGGGCAUCUUUGAAACCAACUACAACUUGUUCAACGUCGCCCUGCAUGGCAACCCCUGGCAGUGUGACUGUCACCUGGCCUACCUCUUCAGCUGGCUGCGGCAGUACAGUGACCGGCUCUUCAACAUCCAGACCUACUGCGCUGGACCUGCGUACCUGAAGGGCCAGGUGGUACCCGCCUUGGAAGAGAAGCAGCUGGUGUGCCCUGUCACCAGGGACCGCUUGGGCUUCCAGGCCCCAGGGCCAGAUGAACAGGAGCCAGGGAGCAGCUGGGAUAUAGUGGCAAAGGAAAGGGCAGCAGGAAGCUCGUGCACCUAUAGUAACCCCGAGGGUACAGUGGUGCUGGCCUGUGACGAGGCCCGGUGCCGCUGGCUCAACAUCCAGCUGUCUCCUCGGCAGGACUCAGGAAUCCCAGGUCUGGAGUACAAUGCCAGUCAGGAGUGGGACUUGAGGUCAAACUGCGGCUCCGUGCGGGUCACUGUGUCUAUUGAGGCCCAAGCAGGGGGUGCCUAG